AAAAUGAGCAUGGAAGCACAGAAGACAGAUGAAUAAAGUGAAAAUUAAGUUCCAAAUGUAAAAAAAAGCUGCAAAUUUAGACAUUUUGAUAGCAUGGGAAAGAGUUAGAACUCGUUAUUGCCCUUUCAAGAAAAACUUCUAUGCAUGUGUUGUGCAUGUGACACCCUGACAUACAAGUAUGAACAGCAGGGGCGGACUGACCAUUUGGAAACUCGGGCACUGCCCGAGGGCCCGGGGUCAGUAGGGGGCCCCAUGAGAUGCCCCUGGUACCUUUUUCAUAGGCUUUUUUGAGUUUGGGCAAGGACACAGGGGCCUCAUGAUCCCCUAUUGCCCGGGGGCCCCAU